AUGCCUGCUACCCAACAAAUAGCAGGCCUUGCCCUUGGAGAGCGUGUCUCUGGAAACAGUGCACUCAUGGGGUCUCUCGAAUCACUAUAUAAAGCCAAAUGCGCUGCACGGUCCAUUCUUCAAAGUAAUGCCAGGACUACCAAGUGCGCUAAAUCCCGUAAGGGACAGUUCCCAGCUAACGAUGACGAAAAAGGAGCCACAUCGCAGGAGGUUGCAUCAGUGUUGGACACUCUAUCCAACUCGAUUUCACAGAUAAAGAAGACUACCGAUCUCGGAAGGUCCAGUGACGUUCCUAGGGUGCAGACGCUGAAUCAGAUCACUGCUUCAGACCUGCUUAUGAUUCCUGCCCAGGUCCAGGCACCGACGGCGGCGGAAGAGACAAACACUAAUGAUAGGGAUUUUGACAGUAGUGUUUUCUUCUUUGACUAUAGCCAUUGCAAUGGGAAGUCUCUGCAGAUGCAGGUGGCUGAGCUUAGACAGCAUCCUGAGUUGCUUCGGAGCUUCCAAGAAGAGGUAAUCGCUAACAAGCGUAAGCAGGUCCUAGAUGAGAGGAACCGCCAAAACAAGUUACGCAUGCAGCACAGGGAGAAAAUGAUGCGCUCAUUGAGUUGCUCGUAUGCAGCAAAGCCUAUCAUUGAGAACUUUCCGGCUUACAAUAAGGCUCUAAUAUCUCAAGGCUUCUACUCGCCAGAAUCGCAGCACAUGCGAACGCUAAAGCACGCAGAAGCUCUAGACGCGCAUAUUGAUAAUAUCUAUUAUAAAAGGGACUGUCUAGACGCCGAUUUGUUGGCAAGGAAGCUGCUAACAAUUAGGAAGCCUUCAGAAAAGCCAAUACUUCCGCAGACCUUUAUCAGACAACGCACAGAGCUGGGACAAUUUGUGUGUUUUACUGCCCGGCUGGCACUGCUGUUCCAAGUCGCCACAAGAUUCUGUGAGAUCCGAAUGAACAAUGACUACAUGACAAGCGCAGCGAUAAUCAUACAAUACACAUACAGAGUACACAGGGCGUCGCUUACGUAUAAGCAAACAAAAGCGUCAACGAUACGCAUUCAGCGGGCAUCACUUGCGUUUCUUAAUAGACUACGACGACAGAGGCGCCAGAAGGCUCUAGUCAACGUUAAGCAGUUUCUUCUAGGGAUUUACAUGAAGAAUGUUUGGCCCGCUGCUGCCAUUAUGCACAUGAAUGCUGGCAAUACAAUCCUUCGCGAGCUGCGGCUUUACAAGGCACGGAAGUUGGCUCGCUUGGAGUUGCUUGUUCUCCUUCUGGCAAAGAUAGACCGCCUAGAUACGUUUUCCAGACUUCGCAACACGGGGUACCAGGCUCACCUGCGCGAGCUAGCGCUAGACGCCAACAAGAAGAAAAAGCCAGGCGAGGGCGCUAGAAAGCCACCUGCGCAAUAUUCCAUAGAGCACUUUAAUCCAUCCCCAGACGAAGUAGAGGAGGAUCUCCUUGCACCAGAGACUCUCCUUAUUAUCGCGCGUGUCUACUUGACGGCUGCUUUUCAGUUCCACCAGUCUGAACUGGAGGCUGUUGGGUGCAGAAAUGCUGAUGCUAAUGCUAAUAAGGACAAUACUAUUUCUGCUUUAUUGCUGCUUCCAAGCUACGUGUGUAGCUCUGCUCUGCUCAAAACUGCCCGUGAAAACCUUCCGGAGUUCCGUGUUAUGCUUACAGACUACCUAAGUACAGAAUUAGAUCUUCUUGAGUUUGGACCUCGGUUUCCAGAUGAGCACUAG